AUGGAGGAGUUGAAGGAAAAGUAUCCAAACUAUGAAGAAAUGGAUAUAGAAGCUUUAGAUAGCGAAUUACCGUACCUUGACGAGGAUCUUAGGGAAAGUGAAACUACAGAGGAGACCCAGGAUAUUAACGAGGAAAUUAAUUUCGUACAGGAACUGAGGAGGAGAAAAAUGUUAAGGAAAGACCUUACGAGAGAGCAAUUAGCUGAGAAAUUCCCUGACCUAUCUAAUCUGUCAUACGAUGAUCUAAUGGAUAGGGGAGACAGACUUUUAAAUGAAUUAAUAUUAUCAAAUUUAGAUGAAGAUAGUUACAAAGAAAA